AUGGGCAACCCAUGGCCGAUAGCCAAACCUAUUGCCAGCAGACCGAUACCAGUGCAACAUCAGCACUUACAACACUUGCUUGCGCACUGCCACCACCCGUACUUAGUUCGACCCGCACAAGCGCACACACAAGUUUUCCCCCUGCCCGGUGGAUUUCCCUGGGCACAUAGUUCUAGAGGCAAACCACGUAGAGGCAUGAUGCGUCGAGCCGUAUUUUCGGACCUACAGAGAAAAGGCUUAGAAAAACGGUUCCAAGUCCAAAAGUACAUAUCGAAGCCAGAUAGGAAGAAGCUUGCUGAGAAACUAGGUUUAAAAGAUAGUCAGGUCAAAAUUUGGUUCCAAAACCGUCGUAUGAAAUGGCGGAACUCGAAAGAGCGGGAACUUCUCGCGUCUGGUGGCUCCAGGGAACAGACUCUGCCCAACAAAAACAACCCACACCCAGAUUUAUCUGAUGCUGAAGUGGACAAACCCAAAAUGUCACCAGUUUCUAAUGAAGAUGAAGAAAUUAAAAAUAAAAUUUACACAUCAACUUCAAAUGAGUAUCGCUUUGAUGAUAAAAUGGCGGCUAGUUCAUUAUUUGCGCGGGAAAAUGUGUAUAACAAUAUGGAGGAAGAUGACUUCGAUAGUGAUGCGAGCGCGUCUGAUGAAGAAAUAAAUGUAACU